CCUUUCCCCCGUUCCGUUCCGCUCCGCUCCGCCUUCGCGGCCACCGUAGCGGGAGCGGCGGAAGCCCCCUCACCGGCCACCGUCCCCGGGAGGCGGCGGAUGGUCCGCGUUGUCCCGCCGCUCCCCGCCCGCCCCUCUGGGAGUCGGCGGCCUCGGCGGCGGCAGAUGGCGGGGGAGCGCGGCCCGGCGUGGCGGGGAAGGAGGCCGCCGCCUCCGCCGCCGCGGCGGCUCCUCUUGGCGUUGCUGUUGUUGUGGAUGCCGGCGCUGCCGGGGUUGGGCUCCGCUGUUGCCGCCGCCGAGGAGGCGGUGGGGAAGGAAUGCGACAAGCCGUGCGCCAACGGCGGGCGGUGCCAGCCGGCCAGCGGGCAGUGCGAGUGCCAGCCCGGCUGGGUGGGCGACCAGUGCCAGCACUGCGGGGGACGCUUCAGACUCACUGGACCUUCAGGGUAUGUAACGGAUGGGCCUGGAAAUUACAAAUACAAAACAAAAUGCACCUGGCUCAUUGAAGGAAGGCCAAACACAAUCCUCAGGCUUCGAUUCAAUCACUUUGCCACAGAGUGCAGUUGGGACCACUUGUAUGUCUAUGAUGGAGAUUCAAUUUACGCUCCCUUACUGGCAGCUUUUAGUGGUCUUAUUGUUCCUGAGAAAGACAGCAAUGAAACGGUACCAGAAGUUGUAGCUACUUCUGGAUAUGCCCUUCUGCAUUUCUUCAGUGAUGCUGCCUAUAAUUUAACAGGGUUUAACAUCACAUACAAUUUCAAUAUGUGUCCCAAUAAUUGCUCUGGCCGAGGAGAGUGCAAGCUCAAUAACAGCAGCAGUGCUCCUGAAUGUGAAUGUGCCAAAUACUGGAAGGGAGAAGCUUGUGAUAUUCCCUACUGCACCGAUGAUUGUGGGGCGCCCGAGAGAGGGAAUUGCAACAUUAAUGAUACCAAGGCAUGUUCGUGCUCUGCAGGCUGGCAGGGGCCUGGCUGUUCUAUUCCUGUUCCUGCAAACCAGUCGUUUUGGACCCGGGAGGAACACUCACUUCCAAAACUUCCCAGAGCAUCUCAUAAAACUGUAAUCCAUGACAAUAAAAUGUGGGUUGUUGGAGGCUAUGUCUUCAAUCAUUCUGACUCUCAGAAGGUUUUAGCGUAUGAUCUUAUUUCUGAAGAGUGGCUUCCACUGGACAACACUGUGAACUCUGUAGAGAUGAGAUACGGUCACUCGUUGGCAUUAUAUAAGGAUGAUAUAUACAUGUAUGGUGGAAAAUUAGAUGCGACGGGGAACGUGACCAGCCAGCUGUGGGUGUUCCACAUUCCCACCCAGACCUGGACUCAAGCGACGCCGAAAGCCAAGGAGCAGUAUGCUGUUGUUGGGCAUUCAGCACACAUCGUCACCCUGCGAGACGGGAGCGCGGUCAUGCUCGUCAUCUUUGGGCACUGUCCUCUUUACGGGUAUAUCAGCAAUGUCCAGGAAUACAGCCUGGCCACAAAUACAUGGAACAUUUUACAGACGAGCGGCGCUUUGGUGCAAGGAGGGUACGGUCACAGUAGCGUUUAUGAUCCAAAUACAAGAUCAAUUUAUAUCCAUGGAGGAUACAAAGCAUUCAGUGCCAACAAAUACAGGCUGGCAGAUGACUUGUACAAAUACGAAGUUGAUUCCCGUAUGUGGACUAUUCUUAAAGACAGUAGAUUUUUUCGCUAUUUGCACACGGCUGUGAUAAUGAGUGGAACCAUGCUGGUGUUUGGAGGGAACACGCACAACGACACCUCCAUGAGCCAUGGCGCAAAGUGCUUUUCUUCGGAUUUUAUGGCGUAUGAUAUUGCCUGUGAUCGGUGGUCUGUUCUUCCUCGCCCGGGUCUCCAUCACGAUGUGAACAGGUUCGGACAUUCUGCUGUGCUGUACAACAGCACCAUGUAUGUGUUUGGAGGCUUCAACAGCCUCCUCCUGAGUGACAUACUGAAGUACACACCCGAGAGGUGCGAGGCUUUUGACAACGAGACGGCCUGCGUGCGGGCCGGUCCUGGCGUCAGGUGCGUGUGGGCUGCCGCCCCGCCUCGCUGCGUCCCCUGGGAAAUGGCGACGGUGGAGCAGCAGCAAAAGGUCUUUGAAGACUGCCCUCCCAAGACAGUUGUAGACAAUGAAAAAUGUGAUCAGAUUACAGACUGCUAUAGCUGUACAGCAAAUACAAACAACUGUCAAUGGUGCACUGACCAGUGUAUCUCAAUGCAUAACAACUGCACAGAGGAACAGGUUCCUAUUACUCUCUAUGACAAUUGUCCUAAGGAUAACCCUGCCUAUUACUGUAACAAAAAGACAAGUUGUAAAAGCUGUGCCAUGGAUCAAAACUGUCAGUGGGAACCUAGGAAUCAGGAGUGCAUUGCUUUACCAGAAAAUAUCUGUGGAACCAACUGGCAUUUGGUUGGCAACUCCUGCUUGAAAAUUACAAAUGCAAAGGAGAACUAUGAUCAUGCCAAACUGUCCUGCAGAUCCAACGGGGCUUUGCUGGCUUCUCUCACGACCCAGAAAAAAGUAGAAUUUGUUCUAAAGGAGCUGCAGAAGAUGCAGUCUACGCCCAAAACUUUGACUCCGUGGGUUGGACUGAGGAAAAUCAACGUGUCUUAUUGGUGCUGGGAAGACAUGUCUCCCUUCACCAACACCCUGCUCCAGUGGCUCCCCGAUGAACCGAGCGAUGCUGGAUUUUGUGGUUAUUUGGCCGAACCUUUCCAGCAAGGACUGAAGGCAGCAACGUGUAUCAACGAGGUCAACGGCAGCGUCUGCGAGAGGCCAGCAAACCACAGCGCCAAGCAGUGCCGCACGCCCUGCGCCCUGCGGACCGUCUGCGGGGAGUGCACGAGCGGCAGCUCCGAGUGCAUGUGGUGCAGCAACAUGAAGCAGUGCGUGGACUCCAACGCUUACGUGGCCUCUUUCCCCUACGGGCAGUGCAUGGAGUGGUACACCAUGAGCAGCUGUCCGCCUGAAAACUGUUCAGGCUACUGCACGUGUGCUCACUGUUUGGAGCAGCCCGGCUGCGGCUGGUGCACCGAUCCGAGCAACACGGGGAAGGGGAAGUGCCUCGAAGGGUCUUACAGAGGGCCGGUCAAGAUGCCGACCCCGUCGGCAACAGGGAGACACAGCCUGGAGCCCGUCCUUAACGUCAGCACUUGUCCUGUGGAGAACAACUACAACUGGUCGUUUAUUCAGUGUCCAGCCUGCCAGUGUAAUGGGCACAGUAAGUGUGUAAAUGAAAGCAUCUGUGAGAAGUGUGAAAAUCUGACAACUGGCAAACACUGUGAAACUUGUAUCUCAGGCUACUACGGUGAUCCUACUAACGGAGGAACAUGUCAGCCUUGCAAGUGCAAUGGCCACGCGUCUGUCUGCAACACAAAUACAGGGAAAUGUUUCUGCACCACCAAGGGAAUAAAAGGAGACGAGUGUCAACUGUGCGAAGUUGAAAAUAGAUAUCAGGGAAAUCCACUUAAAGGAACGUGUUACUAUACUCUUCUCAUUGACUAUCAGUUCACCUUCAGCCUUUCUCAAGAGGAUGAUCGCUAUUACACAGCAAUCAACUUUGUAGCAACACCCGAAGAGCAAAACAGAGACCUGGACAUGUUUAUCAAUGCAUCUAAAAACUUCAACCUCAACAUUACUUGGUCCACAAGUUUUGCAGCUGGCACGCAGGCUGGGGAGGAAAUUCCAGUUGUUUCAAGAACCAAUAUAAAAGAAUACAAGGACAGUUUCUCCAAUGAGAAAUUCGAUUUCCGCAACAAUCCAAACAUCACUUUCUUCGUUUACGUCAGCAAUUUCACCUGGCCGAUAAAAAUACAGAUACUUUUCUCCCAGAUUCAGAGCCCUCACUAUGAAGCCUUUUGAAUUGUUUGCUACUUUCUCAGUAUAUGUAAGACGCCUAGGAGCCGAUUAAGGAAAAAAACACAGUUUGUAAUUGUAUCAUUAACUGGCAAUUGCCUCCUCUCUUUCCCUCACGUUGGUUGAAGUAUUUUAAUUUGAAUGCGCUUAAAUGUUAAUUAUGAGCCAAAUGCUUCAAGGAACAAAAAGAGGCAAACGGAUUUUGCAGCCUCUUGCAUACAAAAUGCACCAUUUGCCAAAUCUCGCUAGAUAUUCACUGUGUGUUGUUUGCUCGGCAAUUCGUCAUCAAGUUGGGCUCCAAAAAAAGUGCCACCGUGACCGCGUAGCGUCACUGCACGUGCUGCUUGGAGGAGGACUGCAACAGCGUUAGACAGCUAACACCGGUUGAGGGCUGGAGGUAUUUGAUAACCGAUGGGAAAAUUUCAAGUCACUUAAAUUGCUGCCUUCCGCUCCGAUUUCAUAAAGGCUGUAAUGGAGAAAUAACUAAAAUUGCUCUGCUGUUUACAUUUUUUUUAGUUUCUCAAACUUCUGCAUUGGGCUGUUGAAGCUUUUUUUGGGGUUCCUCCAGUUGAUUUCUGUCAGGACUGUGGGUCUGUUCUAAAACUUCUUUCUCUUCUACGCAGGAAGUUAAUGCACUGUGGAUAGCUUAAUUCAGUCAUAUAAUGUGUUGUCAUAAUUAUACUCGAUAUUUUAAAAUACGCUGUUUACCGUGAUAGGGAAAUAUUUGUGAACCCAAAGUGUUGAAUUGCUGUCUAGUUCAUCUGCUGAAACUGUGAACGGAGAACCCAAAGGUGGAAACAAUUUCUCUCUCUUAAACCCAUCGCUGCUUUCCAAGGAGCCGCUAAAAGUUCCAGCGCAGAAACUGUUACAAAUGAGCGACCUGAAAAUCGAGGACAGCCCCCAACGUGCUGUAAUUAAAUCAGCCUUUGGUUUGCAGCGCUCUCCGUGGGUGAUGGACGGGGUGACUGUCACUAACCUGCGUGUACACUCUCGCGCAUCCGUGCCGGAAACCGGAGCGUGCGCCGUCCCGGGGAAUGAAAUGGAAAUUGUUACGUGCAAACCUCUUGGAUGAUGUACUCUUUAAGGAGCUACCUUCCUUUGGGGCUGUUGUGGUUUGGGCCUGAUG